AUGAAUCUUUCCACACAAGGACAGCAAAUAACUAAAGAUUUCAUUGAAUUAAUCCAGAAUGAAACAGAAGAAACGAGUAUUUCAAUUAUUCUUGGAAGACUAUUCUACGAUUUGUACGAAUAUGAUAAAUCACAGAAAUAUUUUCAGCGAUUGUUGAAUGAUUACAAUGAUGAAGAUCGAGCUUGGAUUGAAUUCAGUAUUGGUAAAAUUCACCAUAUGAAAGACGAAUGGGAUCAAGCGCGAGAAUAUUAUGAUCGUGUCUAUGAGCACAUGAUAAAAACUAAGCCAGCGCGGAUGAAAGGUGCUGCUCAAGUUUUGCAGAAUAUAGGCUCUCUCCUUGUUCGUCAAACAAAAUAUGAUGAAGCUUUGAAUUGUAAUCUACGGGCGUUAACAAUCAGGCAGAUACUUCAUCCGGCUGGUGAUGUCGAUACUACGACAAGCCUAAGAAAGAUGGGUGAUAUUCUUGUGAAGCAAUUGAAGUAUACGGAGGCUAUGGAUUAUUACCAACAAGCAUUGAAAAUGAUCGAGAAAUUUAAUUCAGCUGGUCAUGUAGAUAUUGCUGUGAUUCUGAACCAAAUCAGUCAGCUUCUUUUACAACAGAAAAAGUCCGAUGAAGCUACGGAUUAUUGUCAACGCGCUCUAAAAAUACGUGGGAAGCUUUAUCCAUCUAAUCAUCCCAAUAUGGCGAUAAGCCUUACUAAUAUUCGUAUGAUUCUUGAAUGCCAGCGUAAGUACGAUGAAGCUAUGGGUUAUUAUCAACAAGCAUUGAAAAUAAUCGAGAAAUUUUAUCCAUCUGGCCAUACCGAUACUGUUCUGACUCUGAACAGAAUCGGUUAUACUUUUUCACAGCAGAAAAAGUACGAUGAAGCUAUGGAUUAUUAUCAACGAGCAUUGGAAAUUAGACAGAAACUUUAUCCAGAUGGCCACGCUGAUAUUGCUUCAAUCCUGCAUAGUAUGGGUAUUGUUUCAAAGAAACAGAGCAAAUAUGGUGAAGCUAUGGGCUAUUUUCAACGCGCAUUGAAAAUGAUAGAGACACUUUAUCCAACUGGUCAUGAUCUUACGGCUACAAGCCUUCAUAAUAUGGGAGCUGCUAAAUUUGAUCAAGCAGAAUUCGGCUUAUCUCUGUAUUAUUAUGAACAAAGUUUGAAAGUUCGUCAAAAUUUAAACCCAUCUGGUCAUGUGGAUAUGAGCGCUAUUUUGUAUAUGAUUGGGUCUUGUUAUGAAAAGCAGAAGAAUCCAAAGAAGGCACUUCAGUUUCAUCAGCAAGCAUUGGAUAUAUAUGAAAAGUCUUUACCUAAUGAUGACGGACUUCGUCAAAAAAUAGUGAACAGUAUUCAUCGGCUUUCAAUUGUUAAAUAG